UCUUUCAAGUCACUUGCUUUCUUUCUCUUUCACAUUAAAGUACCCCAAAUGUUUCAUCAUCUCAGUAGAACAACAACAAGACUCACCAACCCAACUGCCAUUUCUUCUACUCAAACCCUCCAACAACAAUAAUAAACAAAAAGAUUCAAUCUUGAUUGACUUAGAACAUGGAUAUGGAAAGGAAAAGAGUGGCACCCAAUUCAUCAAAAACAGGGGUGGUGAUGGGCUCUGUCUGGGAGAGUAGAAUGAAGGGUAGCUUGAAAGUGUUCAAUGGGGAUGACAAGAUUCAAGAAACUGAAAACAAAAACAAUCAAAGUGAGAGUUUUAGAUCUAAACAGAGUCCCAAUGGUGUUGGAAAGAGGAAAACUUGGAAAUCUGAUGGUAAUUCAGAAGGAAAUGAGAGAAGCCCAGUUCAGAUCUCAAAGGUUAGAUCUGAAAACAAGAAGGAAUUGAGUGAUUCCAUUGAUGGAAUUGGAAUCAAGAAAAGCCCUGUUACUGUUCAGGUGAAGAAAGGGAGACCAGAAUGGAAUAGGGUGGCUAGUGUUUCCAUUGAUGGAAUUGAGAGAAGCCCAGUUCAGAGGAGUGUAAAGACUAGAUCUUUAUCAAGAAAAGUGAGUACAACUAGUGAUUUAAAGGAUGUAAUUGAUGAAUGCAAUGAUGGAAUUCAAGAAAGUGAUGGUGGAAACAGAGGUGAUGAUGAUGAGGGAAAGAAUAAUACAUCUGAUUGCAGUCAAAGUUUAGAUGUUUGUGAGGAGAAGUUGAUGAUGGUUGUUGAAUUGAAAAGGGUCAAAUCUUUAGAUAGUGAAGAAGAUUCUGAUAAGGUAACAUUGGAGAAAAAUGAAGAAGUUAAUGAAGAAAGAGCCAUUGUUAUUGUUAAAGAACCUGAACCCGAACCGGAACCGGAACCCGAGCCUGUUUUGACAGUUCACAAAAAGAAGUCAUCAGAUGUUGUAAUUGAAGAAAAGAAAAUCCAUCACAGAAAUGAAAGAUCAAAUCUUGUUUCAAAAACUGUUAGAAAACAGCUUCCUCCUGUCGUAAAUCAUCCUAAAACAAGUUCAAAGCCAAAUGAAUUCCCAUCACAAAGGGUGCCCAAAUCCCAUAGCAAACUGCAGAGUUUGAUUGAUUUGAUCAUGUGGAAAGAUGCAUCAAAAUCAGCACUAGUUUUUGGUUUUGGAACAUUUACAAUUCUUUCAUCCUCAUACACUCAAGACCUCAAUAUCAGCUUCAUUUCUGUGAUUUCUUAUCUGAGUCUCAUCUAUCUUGCUGCAACCUUCAUUUUCAAAUCCUUUAUUUUGAGGGGUGUUGUACAAUCAUCGGAUAAUAUUACGGACGAUGACGAAUAUGUUGUUGGUGAAGAAGAAGCAAUUUGGGCACUAAAACUAUUUCUUCCUUACAUCAAUGAAUUUCUCUUAAAGGUCAAAGCUUUGUUUUCAGGUGAUCCUGCUACUACAAUGAAGAUGGCAGUGUUGCUAUUUAUUUUAGCAAGAUGUGGCAGCUCUAUAACCAUAUGGAAAAUGGCCAAAUUGGGUUUUUUUGGAGUUUUUACAGUGCCAAAGAUAUGCUCAUCAUAUUCUUCUCAAUUGUCUGCAUAUGGUGCAUUUUGGAUUCAACGAUUUAAAGAUGCUUGGGAUUCAUGCUCUCAAAAGAAAGCCGUCGCUUUUGGUGUUUUUACACUUGUUUGGAACCUUUCGUCAAUCGUUGCUCGUAUUUGGGCAGUGUUCAUGUUGUUGGUGGCAUUCAAAUUCUAUCAACAAUCCAUGACAAAAGAGGAUCAAGUUGUUGAGGAAGAAGAACCAAUUAUACAUAGAAAUCAAAGUUCCUGGCAAGAACAAAGAAAUGGGAGAAUUUUUGCAUCAACCGAAAGCACUAAGCUAAAGAAAAGAUCUUGAUUCGAUUUCUUCAACGACGAUGGAUAGUGUGAGGAGGAGGAGGAGGAGGCAUAUCGAUAAAGAAACCGGUUGUAUAAUACAGAAAUAAACUUCUAAAUAAAAAUAGAUAAAGUUCAUUUGCGUAUCAUUAUAAUAUAUAGUGUUUCACGACCUUUUAAUAA